AUGUCUGCCGGAACUACCAACCAAUUUGAUCAGUUACGUCUACCGAAUAGCCCGGUUACUCCAGGAACUCGGCACUUUAUCGAUUCUUGUCUCGCCAAUUUCGAUCUCGGCGGGCGCUACCAAAGUGGUGAGCAAGAUACCCAAGAAUUUGAUAUUGAUAUGUUUGCGGGCGAAGAUUCAUUCACUGGAAUGCUUGAAAACUUUGAGUUCCCAGGAAACCAAGAAGUGCAACAACCUGCUAUGCAGGAAGGAGAUUUGCAGUUCCAAGAAUUUAACUUUCAUAAUAAUAUGCAAGAUAUUGGCUUUGAUAUCGGCCAAGAAGCAACGGAGUCUGGAGGAGAGUAUUCGCCGAUUACUAUUGAUGAUUCGCAUAUCGAUCCUGAACUACGGAUGCUUGAUGAGUGGAGCGGCCCAAUUGCAAUCACCCCUUCGAAGCUACAAUUGUGCCCUCCUAAUGGCAUUAUGUUCCCAAAGAAGGUAUCUGGUGUCUAUGAGUCUAUCACAAUAUCUUCAGUCCCUAAAGACGGGUUCAAAGACAAUACACAGUGUCAGCCGUCAAGCUUCACCAACUCCCCUGCCGACGUGGAAACAUCCAUCUAUACGAACCUAGUCCCAAUUUACCCUCGUACAGAUCUUACCAACUACUUUAUUUCCACAUCCCCUGUCCCCCGUAUCCGCAUCAAUGGCUCCUACACUAUUACUCACUCGAAAUCCGGAACCGACUUCACAUACACCACCUAUACAUCACUCCCCACCUGGCAUGCCCCGGGUCUCCCCUCUUCCGGGAUAACUUACAACUCUCUUGGAUUCCUUGACAAAACAAUCGUUUUCAAUGCCAGCACUCUCACCUCAUUCAUCCGCCAUCACCCUCUCGGUCCCAGUCUUGUCCUCAGAAUUGAGAAACAUCCCUACGAGGCCAAAAAUCGUUAUAUAUCCUCUUCGUCCCAUACAACCAAUGGCAAAUCAAACAAAAGCAGGUCAAAACCAAAAUACACGACCUGCCGUGCCAAAGAUUGCGCUCUUGGGGGAAUCCUCAAAGUUGGCGAGUUCCGUGUUGCUAUAGACGAAGUCUCAGGCCGAUUCAAGGAAUCAGACGAAAGCGAUAAUGACCCUUACUUCUCCAGUUGUUUCCUUCACCUCCAAUGCUUCGAAUCUCUGACUAACAUCGCUCCCAUUCUUACUACCGGAACGCUUAUCCCAGACUGCCGCAGUAACUUCAUCAAAGAGCCCCCGGCUGGGAAAAAUAUGAAGAAUAAUAACAAGAUGGUGUUCUCUAACAAAGAGCUCACUGCAUUUCGGACAUGGCGUGCUAACUAUAACCCCAACCAGCCAAAAAUAGAGGGCAAGGGCUCACUACAUGCCACCUUGUGGCUUGCAAAUAUCAAGAAGGCCCGUGCAAAAUGUCUACAUCGCGCGCCACCAGGAGUGACACAAGAAGAUAUAGACAAGCAAUUGUCGACUCGUGCAUUGUGGGGCGGCCGUAGGGCAAUGGGGGUGACCGUGGCUGAAAUGAAUAGACUUGAGCAAGAGGGCCGUUGCGAUUUACUUAUCGCCCCCAGGAAUGGACUUUCUAAGAAGAUGGGAAUGGGGCCGACUGGUGCGACUGCGGUGCGUUUUCUAGGGAAGAAAGGGAGUGGACAACUAGACAAAAGGAAUAGAAAAAGAGCAAGGGAGCCUGAACCUGAGUCUCCGCUUGAAUCGUCGCCUGACCCGAAGAGAAGAAGAACAUCUUUACAAUCUCCUCCGCAAAAGAAAGGUCGCGGACCACCAAUGGACAUGAGAAUUCAGGUCCUCUCCUUGCCUACUGCAAAAGAGAGACUUCCAUUAUCCCCCAUAUUGGGUUAUUCUCCCUCGCUGGCUACAUUCGAUUUAUUGGGGAGCACUAAUUUCCCGACAACACCUUUGAGGAGAAGCACAAGGGGAAAGGUUGACCCUUUCUCAAUGUCCCCACUAACACCGACAAGAAAGAGCGUAAGCUUUGCCAUUGCGCCGAAAACACCAACGAGAAGAAGCGCGAGGAAGAACAGCUACGUUUCACCGAUGACUCCAACUAGAAGGAGUCCUAGAGGCCAUGAGAAGAAAAAGGUAAAUUACGCUGAGGUCGAUGAGGAGAAAGAGAAGGAGAAUGAUUAUUACGGUGAGAAAAAUGAGGAGCUGUUUGGGCUAGACCUAGAUAUGGAGUUCGACCAGUAUGUGGAGUAUAGAUAUUGA